GGGGAUGGUACGGUCUGAAAAAAGUAUAAAAUGAGGACUGCGACGCCGAGGAGUACGUACGCCUUUUCUUAACAAUUGACCCAAAGUGUGCUGCCGCCAACGCCGAGAAAACGAUGGACGCACGAAAGCCCAAAACUCUGGAGGAGCUGAUCAAAAUGCUGCAUCAAAUCUUCGAGAGUAACUCAAUCAACGUGGAGGAGGUGCAGGAACUCAUGGAGGCAUACAAGAGCAACCCCCAGGAAUGGAAGAAAUAUGCCAUAUUUGACCAGCACAGAUACACGAGGAACUUGGUGGACGAAGGCAACGGCAAGUUCAACCUGAUCGUCUUGUGUUGGGGAGAAGGUCACGGGAGUAGCAUCCACGACCACUCGGACUCUCACUGCUUCAUGAAGAUGCUCCAGGGCGAGCUCAAGGAGACGCUCUUCGACUGGCCCAAGGGCGAAGACGGCGAGAUGACGGAGAGAUCGCACAGGAUCCUCGAGAACAACUCUGUGGCCUACAUCAACGACUCCAUCGGGCUGCACCGGGUGGAGAAUGUCAGCCACACCGAGGGUUCCGUUAGUUUGCACCUUUACAGCCCCCCCUUCCAGACAUGUCAAGUCUUUGACCAGCGCACCAGCCACAAGAAUGUCGCCCAGAUGACCUUCUGGAGCAAAUAUGGAGAGAGGACUCCAUUUCAGUGCCCCGCGCCGAAGGAGAACAACUAGUACUUUCCAAAUGAAGGCUCCGGAUGGAUCAAGUUUUUUUUUUUUUUUUUUCUUUGUUUUGAAGUUUUAAAAAUGGUAAUUUUUUUUUUUUUUUUUUUAAAUUUGAUUUUAGCUGUACGAUGACCAUGCUGCAGCUGCGGCUUGUUUAGAAUUCAAAAAUAUGCCCAUGCAAUCAUAGGCUUGGAUUUGUAGCAAAUUAUUUGGCAAACUCUGAUGAGCAGCAAAUGUUUAAAUGGACGAACAGGCUACGGGGCACAUAUUUUGGCAUUUUAUGUCUUUUGUUUUUUUUUUUUUUUCUCUCCUCCCCCCUCUGUAGUUUUUGUGAAAUAUGACCCUAAAUCGAUGUACACCUUUAAAAACAAAAAUCUCACAUUUGUGCACUUUUCUCUCUGCAAUACAUUUUUCACUCAUGCUACACAGUUGUCUUAUUAUGCGCUGAAAAUGGAAACAAUUUCAGCUUUUUCUUUGUCUUCUUGGGGGGGGGGGGUAAAUAUGUAAAGAGCUUUUUUUUUUUUUUAAAUUCCACGCGGGAUUUUCAUUGAUUUGCCCAAAUGUGUUUUUGCCGGCUUACGUGUUGACAAAGACGCUGCAGUCUCCCAUCCUGAAUCUGAUCCAAGAUGGCCAAUGUGGACGCGGUCCAGCAUUUGUCCAACUCAAUAUUCAUCCUUAACUUGCUUUCUAUUCUCAGGAUUCUCCAUUUUAUUUUGUAGCGAGUAAGUUCACUUAGUGUAGUGCAGUCCUGUUUGUAAAGUGCUGUUAGCUUCACGCAAGAAAAAUCAUUUCACAAUAAACAUGAUUCUUGUGUU